GUCAGUGUGGGGCGUGUUCGGCCGGGGUGCUGUGAGCCGCCGGGAUGCACCGGCGCGGGGUGGGCGCGGGCGCCAUCGCCAAGAAGAAGCUGGCAGAGGUGGGAGCGGCGGCGCCUCCCUGCCCCCCGGAGCCGCCCAGGCCCAGCUGUGCCCUCCCCCCGGGUCUUCAUCGCCUCAAGUCACAGUCCGCAGCGCUGUGCCCAGCCCAGCUCUGCCCCGCGAGCCCCCGAAGCGUCCUCGGUGGCCACUGGCAGGGCCGCCUGAUUCCCGGCCCCUGGCAAGCGGGCAAAAUGAGCCGCCUAGAGUAAAACAGGGGUGGGGUGGGGCAGGGGGAGCUCCUGCAGAUCGUCUUUGUUCUCUUCCAGGCCAAAUACAAGGAGCGUGGGACGGUUCUGGCAGAGGACCAGCUGGCGCAGCUGGCCAGGACUGGCCUCUGAAAUCCAUGACUGACCCAGUAAAUUACGAUGUGUGGUCACCUUAUUUAAGACCCCUGUGGUGAAUUGCCUAAAUGUCUAAACAACUGGACAUGUUUAAGACUAACUUAGAAGAGUUCGCUAGCAAACACAAGCAAGAGAUUCGUAAAAAUCCCCAAUUUCGAGUCCAGUUCCAGGACAUGUGUGCAACGAUUGGGGUGGAUCCAUUGGCAUCUGGGAAAGGCUUCUGGUCAGAGAUGCUGGGAGUUGGAGACUUUUACUAUGAGUUGGGUGUUCAGAUUAUUGAAGUCUGUCUAGCUCUAAAGCACAGAAAUGGAGGUCUCAUAACACUGGAAGAGCUUCAUCAGCAAGUGCUGAAGGGAAGGGGGAAGUUUGCUCAGGAUGUCAGCCAGGAUGAUCUCAUUCGUGCAAUCAAGAAGCUGAAAGUUCUGGGCAGUGGCUUUGGGAUUAUUCCUGUUGGAGGAACAUACCUAAUCCAGUCUGUGCCAGCUGAACUGAACAUGGAUCAUACAGUGGUUCUGCAGCUGGCAGAGAAAAAGGGGUAUGUAACGGUCAGUGAGAUCAGAUCCAGUUUGAAAUGGGAGGUGGAACGAGCCAAACAGGUGCUGGAACACUUGCUGAAAGAAGGCAUGGCCUGGCUUGACACACAAGCCCCAGAAGAAUCUCAGUACUGGUUACCAGCUCUCUUUACAGAGCUCUACUCUCAAGAAAUCACGCCAGAGGAAGCCAAGGAGGCAAUACCUUGA